UAUUAGCUCCUUUGUUGAGCCCCUUUAGGUGUGACCAACACAUGCGUACAGCACUGUAUAGUUUAGUAUUUGACGGAAAAUAUGGGCAAAAAUACGACACAAGAAGUGAAAGUUUGGAGGAAAAUGUUGGCCAUUGGGUCCAAAUGGGAGGACAAAGACCAAUUUUUAGAUGUUAUAUAUUGGGGCCGACAGUUGUUAGCAAUAUUAAUGGGACUAAUAUGGGGUUACCUGGGAUUGACGGGAAUGUUUGGUUUGUCCUCAUUUGUGAUCGCAAACUCUGCCGCCGUUUAUGUCUAUUCUGUUAAUUUCAAUGUCGAUAACGACGACGUCAUGCAAGACGUUAAGGAAGGAUUUAUGACAUCUUUUGCAUCAUUUUUGGUUUCGUGGAUUUUGAUAUAUUCUGCACUUUAUUUUUAGACAUUUAUCAAACAAAAGUUUUGCAAUUUUUUAAAAUGACUACAUAUUCAUUGUUUGAAUUGACAUUUUUAUAGACAUAAUUUAUAUGUAAAG